AUGAAGCGCGGAAAAUUGAAAUCAUUUUGCAUCGACGUAGGGCUAUUUUUUCGGCGCCUGAGCGUCGAGCCAAUCAUUGUACUUGUGUAUUUUGGAUAUGUUUUUGGGAACACGGUGCAAUCACCCCAAAUUUAUCGAAGGAUCUGCCAAAUUUACUAUGGUGAUGACCCAGCGGUUGAUUGUUGGGAUUUGAAUAAUCACACGAUCGAAGACAAAGUCCAGCAACAUUCCGCUGAAUGGAGUUUGUAUAACUCGUUGUCCUAUUUAGUUCCGGCCAUUUUUGCGGAUACUUUGUUAGGCGCUUUUGGAGAUCGGCAUGGCCGUCAGAUCAACAUUUUGUUGGGUAUCUGUGGUCUUCUCGUCACCGAAUAUGGCUAUAUGCUUACGCUAUCAAAUUCGGCGGCAACACCCUACUGGACAACCACGUUGAUCGGAAUCUUUGCCGGAUUUACGGGAUAUGUAGCAAUGAUCCCAGUAUCCUGCUACUCCUACCUGGCCGACAUCUCCCAAGACCCAACGGAACUAACCAUCCGCUCUGGAAUUUUCUCUGUACUCCAGACUACAGCCUCAGUAAUGGGCGGUUUACUGGCCGGGUUGAUACAUGAUCGGAUCGGAAUCUCCACAGCGAUCGAUAUCGAACUGGCAUUUAUCGCUUUGGGAUUUCUCUAUACGCUAUUCCGGAUUCCGCAAAAUCCAGGGUUGCAGGAGUUGGAGCGCAGGAAUCGAGUGACCACCAUCACGUCACAAUCCAGCGUGAAGAAGGUGAAAGGAUUUGUGGGGGAUGUCGUCAUGUUGUACAAGGAUUGUCUACACACGUACAGACGAAAACGAGUUGGCCAUCGCCGAGCCUUCAUGUUCAUCACCGUCAUCGUGCUGAUGCUCACCUAUACCACCCAAGUCGAGACAAGAACCACCGGCAUCGGCUCCGUCAUCAACAAUUACGUAUUCCGACGCACCGAAACAACAGCGUUGGGCUGGAAUACCGAAGAUUUGGGCUAUUGGAACGGGACCGGGUAUUUGAUGUUGAUUUUUGGAACGCUGUUCGGACUGGUGGUCUUUAAAAAGUGGAUGAACUUCCGGGAGACAACUUUGAUACUGAUUGGAAUUGCUUCGUCGACGCUGAGGACGAUUAUAAUUGGAGUCGCCGUAAAUGAUUGGAUGAUGUAUGCGGCGAACGGGGUUGGCUGUUUCGCCGGAUUGGUCCAGCCGGCCGUCGUCUCGUUUAUGACUCAGGUCGUCGCCGGCUCAGAAAUUGGUCGCACUUUUGCCCUGUUUGGCAUCGGCGCUGAUGCGGCGUUUAUUUUGACGGCAGCACUUUACACAAAUGUGUAUCGCUGGACGGUUUCCUGGUUGCCCGGCUUCACCUUCCUCCUCAUCGCUGCUUUGCAGAGUUUAGCGUUCAUGGCCAUGUUACCAGCACCAGCGGGAUCGCAUUUCCAUUUGCAAAGAAGAAGGUUAAUAAACAGGUCUCCAUCCUGGAACACGCCGAGCAAC